AUGAAAGUGGCUACAGGGACCAGCCCCCCUUCUACAAGCAAUUUGCAUUUGUCAUCUGACAGAGAGAGUGAUGGUUGGUUUUGUUCUCACAAAAUAAUCUCAACCCUUAUGUUGCAGAAUACAAUGUACUUGUCUGAUAUAUGGCUCUAAAUGUGGAAAUUUGCGUCAUUCAUAUCUAAAAAAAUACAACUACUACUAUGAUCCAGAUUUUUUUCUCCUUAAGAUAAUCGUACAUGUAUUUUUUGUGUAACCACAAGGAGCAAAAAACACAUAUAAAAAAGGGGGGUUUUGUUUCAUUGCAAAACUACAACAAAGGGACAAUUUCAGCGUCAAAUUAUUAUUUUGGGCAAUGGGACUGGGGCAAGUUUUCAGAGAAUCACCUGUUUAGCCAGGUAGAAUUAUCAAAACUGCGAGUAAAAGCAUUACAGGUAGGACUACAAAAGGGGCCAUAAUUAUUUCUUUUUAGACAACUGUUGAAGAUCACCACACCCUUUGAAGUUGCAAUGUUACAUGUAUAUGCAGUGCAAAACCAGAGAAUCACCUUAAGGAGACAUUUUGGCGAUUUUGGUGCUUGUAUCCGCAAUGGAACAUUAUUGCAAAAAUGUGGCGUUAAACAACCUGUUUAAUAUCAGGGGUUUUGGAGUGAAAGUUCAUUCUUGCUAAAUCUUCUUUUUUUCAGACUGGUGCUUGCAAGAUGAGGUAGGACCGAUCUUUCCUGCCAACACCACUGAGAGAUUGCCAUCACCAGAACUCUUGACAAAGUUUUUUCUGGACAAAGUUUUGGAUUGUAUGAGCACCCAGGUUUGUAAUGAAAUUACAAAAUAAUUGAGGAAUUGUAGAUGAGUUAGUUUUGGGAUAGGGGGUUGUGGCAGAAGUAAUAAAGGUACAAAAUAACUCAACUUUGGUGGAGGAGGGGAGAUGUAUAGGGUGGGUUGGGGUUAAGGGAGAUGGCUUAUGAUGUAACAAGUCUUACUUUCCUUCUGCAGCUAUCUGAAAAUAAAUAUUUUUCCUCUCUAUCUUUAGCUUGUUCUUGUCGAGUGGGAUGACAAGAAAACCAGAGAACAUGCAUUCUACUUCCUGUUUGAAAACUUUAAAAAGUUCUAUCUGCCGCACAUCUUUGAAGAUUUUAACCCUUCAAGAGCAUUAUAUGAUUCAUCACCAGGUAAGUGUGCCAUCUAUAAGUUAAAUAAUAACAAUUUCAACGAUAAUGCAUGUAACGAUAGUUACUUACAAAAGAUAGUUUUUCUUACAAUACUUGUGAGAAAUGGCAAAUCUUGGCCAGCUAGUCUGACAACAUGUGCUUUGAUUUAUAAGAGACCUUUCUGAAAUUAAGCAAACUCAUUGGGCAUCUUGCUCAAAGUCCUGUUUACAUUCAGCACAGCAAUCUCAUGUUAUGUGGCAGAUGGAUUUCUGACUGCAAAAUAUUCACAAGAUACGUUGUAAUGACAGUUACGUUUACAUGCACAUGCCCUCAGGGUGAGUGGAUGUUGGGUUGAAAUAAUCUUAUAACAAUGUCUGGAAAAGCGAACAACUCAAAAGUUAAUAUUAAAUAUUUUUCAGUUUAAUUUCAUUCGUACAUUGUUUUAUUUACCUGUUUGAAAUAUGUGUACUCAUGACUGUCUUGUUAAUUCAAUAUGUUGGUGUUCGUGCAUCUGUUUUCUUUAUUGUUAAGGUUCAACCCUGUUUUGUUUUUUUUUUUAACUUUUCCUUCCCGUCUUGAUUAGCUAGGCUAUUUCAUGGGCAAGGGUCAAUGGUUAUGAUAAUUAUAUAUCCAAAGUGUCUUAAUAAACUUGAAGUUGAACUUGAACAUGUACUUGUAAAAGUUAUUACAAUACUUGUGAAGAACUUGUGAAUUUUGGUUACUCUGGCAAUCUGCCAUGUAGUAUAAUAGUUUCUCUGCUGCAAUGUACUUGUACAUCACUUGACUUGUUCCUGGAUGGUCUCUGGUUUGAAUUCUUUGGUUUGGUUCCCUGUGAGCAGGGGUCCUUUGAUUCUUCCUUUUCCACACUAUCCAGGAAGAUUGAUAAACCUCUGCUCAUGGGGUAAGUGCAGGGUGCAAAGAAAAUCAGUUUUACAGUCUGCCAUUCGGGCAAGCUGUAGAUAGCAUGUACUAGCCCACAAGUCAUUUCAACUAUCCCCAAAACCCUUUUUGAUUGGCAGGAUUGAUAACAAUCCUUCUGUAAUUUGAACCUCCCCAAAAAACAGCACUUGCCCGUCAGGCAAGUUAAGAACAAAAAACACUAGCCCGAUAGCAAAAUCCACUAGCCCCAGGCUAUUGGACACGACUUUCUUUGCAUGCUGGGUAAGUGUCUGGGGAACCACAUUUUUUAUCUUUCCUUACUCUGUGAUUAGACAAAGGAAUACACAAUAGGUUCUGUCUUGUCUGUAGCUUUUGAGCUUUAGGUAGCUCAGGCUCAUUCUGCAUGUUCAUGUACUGGUACAGAUUACAUAAAACUAAAGACACAAAGAAAACAGCGAUACUAGUUAGCUCCUAGUGAAACCUUAUUAUUUGGUUCUUAACCUUGUGUAUUUCGUGUGUAUGUAAUUUGUUCCAUUUCACACAGGGGAAAUGACCCUUUGUGUGAAGAGAAUUGGUAUUUUUAGAUAUAAGGGAGUUGCAUCUCUUGAUACAUACAGUAAUAAUGAGAUUUGCAUCUCUGAAGUCAAAAGUUAUUUUUCGCAAAUUAAUGAUGGCGACAAUCUGAAUAGUAUCAGUUUCAACUGCUGUUCACAAGCCACAUACAGUUGGUUAUUGAAAUCAUUAAUGGUAACUUCAAAUGUUUAAAAGGUGCUGCAGUGUGAUUAUCAGUUACAGCAUUUGACAUGAUAACUGCAUAACUGUCUAUGUUUAAAAUAAUUUUAGUUUUAGUGGCUUAAAUCCUGAUUUAUAGUGGCAUACAUGUAAUAAUUAAUAACUGCUACUUUGUCACUAUCUGCCCUUUCAGCUGCACAAGUUCCACGGAAGAGGAGCAACAGUGCUGGCAGGGAAGCAGAGCAAAGAAUGAUCAGUGCAAGAGACUCUGUCCUCAGAUGGUUCGUUGCCUUCACUUUUAGAUUCAAGAGGUCUGACAGUGUCUCAGAAUCGCCAAAUGUGAAUCAAUCAAUAGUAUCAAUAUCAUCCACUGAAGGUAGUGAGCCGGGUUCACCUCCGACAUCAGGUGGAGCCAUUCAGUUUAGUCCAGCACGCAACAAAGAAUACUUACAUGAUGCCAGUGAUGUGAUCAGAAAAGUGUUGUUCUCUACCCGCUCAAAUAUAAGACUGCUUCAUGAGGUUCUACGACAGGUACGUUUACAUUGUAAAAAAUUGUGCUUGUACUCCAAACUAGUUUCAGUGGCUUGAAUCCUAAAUAGACUAACAACCACAGAAUGUCCCUUCUCAUGCCCUUCUACAUGAAACCAAAAAAUACAUCUGUUUGUAAGCCCCCCUCUAGCUUGUUUUGAAUGAAAUGGAUAUGUUAUGAUGGAUUGAAGCUUAAGUAACAACCGGUAAAUGCAAAACGUAUGACGGGCACUGCUGCUGUUGCUUUUUCUUUCCUCCUCAGUUAUUAAGCGCCCUCUGUUUAUAAGCCCCUCUCAAACCCUGGCUUUACAAAGAUGCAUAAACCCUGGGCUUAAACAUGUAAGCAGCAGCUUACAGUAGCCAGUCACUAUCAAUUUAUUUUAAUUGUCUACGGGCAGAUUUCAAUUGUGAAAAAAAAAACAUUUGUUGUUGGAAGGUACAUGUAAUGACCUUAUGCAAUGAUAAUGGCAAUGACAAUCGCAAUGACAACUUCAAAAGGUUUGAUAAACAAAACAACAACUUUGCACAUACGCCACUUGCACAUCUCCCAUAAUGCAUGGUAAAAUUCCGAAAAUAAGCCCCUCCAUGUAUAAGCCCCUCCAAAUAUAAGCCCCCCAAACUGGUAACGUAAAAAACCCUCCGUUAAAUCGCUCCUCCAAAUAUAAGCCCCCCGGGGGCUUGUACUUGGAAAAUUGCCCUCAAAUACAAAGUAAAACAAAGCAAAAACAGUAAAUUUACUUCCAACUAUAAGGCUAGCCCAAUCGAUUUUGAAACGCAAUUUCGCCCCGUAGAUAAGCCCCUCGAAUAUAAGCCCUCCGCCAAUAUAAGCCCCUCAAAAAUAAGUCCCUUAAAAGGGCCUUUGAAAAAUAUAAGCCCCGGGCUUAUUUUCGAAUUUUACGGGUAUCUUAUUUGCCUCCCAAAUUUUGCACAACCUUUGUUUUUCAUUUCUCCUGGAUAUUACAGCUGUCCUAACAGAAAUUGAAAACAAUGCUUAUGCAAAAAUUUUGGGGGCAAAUAAGGUGCAUUACGGAGAUGUGCAAGUGGGGGUAUGCAUUGCACUUUUUUGGUAAAUUCAUUGCUGUCCUCUACAUGACUGAUAUGUGAAAUUUCAUAAUGCAAGGUUCUGAAGAGGAUAUUAUGAACACAAAAAAGUGACAAUAAGUAACAAUUCAAAAAAAAACAUUUGGCUACAACUGACAAACUGGAUUGGCUGAAACCAUGUACAUGUAUCAUGUCAAAGUGCUUAAUGACAUCAAAGUAAUAUCAUCUUGUUGGUUGGGUAAGGCCCCUAAUGACACUUAAAGGCUGGUUUUCACUAGUGACAGAGUCGGAGUUGAGUCAUAAGCAGAGUCAUAAGCCCAACGGAAUUACAGUCAGAAGAAUUAGAACGUUUCUGUUUCCUUCCGACUUUGCUUCCCGACUUCGCCGCUAUAUUCUGCUUAUGAUCUAGUGAAAACCAGAUUGUCGGAGUUGGAAGCAAAAGUGAAAGGAUAAACCAAUCACAAUGCACAUUCCCUGGCUUUGUGAUUGGUUUAGUUCGUCCACUUCUGCUUGUGACUCCGACAACCCAGUUUUCACUUGAUCGUAAAGGACAGAGUCAUGCACGCUGUUUUUGGAAUAGGAAGAAUCAGAAUGCUGUUUUCACUAGAUCAUAAAUUUUUAUGCUUCUGAUUACGACUCCGCCUCCAACUCCUACUCGGUCACUUUUGAAAACAAGCCUUAAGAGUGGGCCUACCAGGUGAAUAUUGACUUUGAAGCUUAACAAUGAAUUUUUAUAAGCAAGACUUGAAGGGAGUUGGGAUGGAGAAACUUGCCAGUUUAAAAAUGAGAGGAAAACUGGGCCAGGUUUACUUUCACAAAGACUUCUGGGAUUGUUAGUAGUGACAAGGGAAAAAUAAUUAUUAUUGGCCAAUAGCUGAACGAUGCAUCCCCAGUAAUGAUCCAAGAAACAAUUGCGGGACACAUUUCAGUUCCAGUUCCCUUCUAAUUUCUAAAGUGGUGAAUUGUGUGAUGUAUUAAGUUACUUUGAUCUGUGACAUUUCCUUGAAAACUAAGGAAGAACUAGAAUCUAGAUACAUUUACUCAAUGGGACCUUGGUAAAUAUUAAUUACCUUUGUGUUGUUUUCAGGAUUUCUUCUUCCAGCCAAAAAUCUAAACACCGCAAGGCAGGUACUCGGGGGUGUAUCAUGA